AUGCCUGUAUUCACAGAAUACGCUGCCUCGUCGCGUGAACUGCGCGUUCUGCCUUCCUUUGCCCCUCCACUUCCCCGCCUUUCCCCGCGAUUUACACGUCCUGAAGGAGCCGAGAAAUAUGAAGUCGUCAUUGUCGGCGCUGGUCCAGCAGGGCUGAUGCUACACCUGCUUCUGGCACGAUACGGCCUCAGCGAUGACUCUCUGCUCUGUAUAGACGCAAAACCAAGCACGCUCAAAUCGGGCCAGGCUGACGGCCUGCAACCCCGCACGCUUGAAGUCUUUAAAUCUCUCGGGCUCGCGGAUGAGAUCCUCACCGAUGGCUGUCACAUGGAAGAGGUUGCGUUCUGGAAUCCGUCUUCUGACAAGGAGAAGGUGAUUGAGAGGACGUCAAUCGUUCCUGACGUGUCUGUGCCUGCUCGCUUUCAACAUGAAGUCACGAUCCACCAGGGCCGCAUUGAGCGGAUCCUCGAGACAGAUCUGCUUCGAUAUUCGAAAAGAGGCGUGCAGCGGAACACUAAGCUUGUGGACGUCAAGAUCGAUAAGGCAGGCGAUGCGGAAUUCCCAGUCGUGGCCCAGAUCGAGACGGACGGCAUCUGCCGCACAAUACGCUCGAAACACUUGGUAGGCGCGGAUGGUGCCCACUCGGUAGUCCGGCGCUGCAUGGGACUCAAGCUGGUCGGCGAGUCGAUGGAUCAUGUCUGGGGCGUGGUUGAUCUGGUGGUUGACACUGAUUUCCCCGAUAUUCGACGACGCUGUGCCAUCCAUUCUCCGGCAGGGUCUGUCAUGGUCAUUCCGCGGGAGCGCAUCGCGACGGGCGAUUACUUGACUCGUCUCUAUGUUCAAGUACCUGAAGAGACACCCCCUGAAGAGGAUCAGAAGCCUGUUAACGGGACUAGUUCCCAGUCCAAGGGAGAUGCACGCGCGCGCAGAAGCCAGGUGACCCAAGAAUCGAUUUUUUGGCAUGCGGCGCAAGCCUUCAAGCCGUACUAUAUUCGACCUAAGGAAGAGGGCGCAGUUGACUGGUGGGCUGCGUACCAGAUCGGUCAGCGAGUCACGGACAAUUUCACCGUCAAAGACUCGAAGGGAAUCAAUAGGGUGUUUAUUGUGGGAGACGCUUGUCAUACACAUAGUCCAAAGGCUGGCCAAGGGAUGAAUGUGUCAAUGAUGGAUUCGUACAAUCUGGCUUGGAAACUGGUGUAUUCCCUCCAUGGGCUCACACCUGAUUCGGCAGUUCCCGGACAAGCCGAUGCUAUCGUGGAUACAUAUCACUCUGAGCGCCAUACAAUCGCCCAAGAACUCAUCGAGUUUGACCGUGCCUUCUCAUCCAUGUUCUCCGGCAAGAUUGGUGCGUCAGCGGAUGGAGUCGAAGGGCUCACGCACGAACAGUUCCUCGAAGUUUUUAGCACGGGCAAUGGAUUCACCAGCGGUUGUGGUAUUGAGUAUCAUGGCAGCCUAAUGGUGGACAAGGCUUCGGAUGACCAUGCCAAAAACCCAAUUACCGGGACAGAUUACCUGUCCGGUGUCCUUCGUCCAGGCAGAAGAUUACUUGACGUUCGAUGUAAGCGCCAUGCAGAUGGGAACAGACGGCACUUGCAUGACGACUUUCUGUCGACAGGCCGCUUCCGCAUUCUGUGUCUCACGUCUUCCGACCUUCUGGACCCAAAGGGCAUUUCCACCCAGGUAUUGACCUCUCUUGGAUCAUCUGUCCUUCCACGAUUCCCGCCCAACACUAUUGAGCAGGUGGUUAUCCAUCCUCGCCUGGGUAAGACAUUCAUGUGGCAGGAUGUACCAAGCGAGCUCAAGAAACACUCCGAGAUGCGGUUCUACAGUGGUCACGAGCUAGAUGAUGUGUACAAGAUCUACGGCGUGGACGAGACAAGCGGUGCAUUGGCUGUCGUUCGACCAGAUGGAUAUGUUGGCAUGGUGGCGGCGUUGGAGGAUGUAAAGCGUGUACAGGAGUACUUAGAGAGGCACCUGGAUGAUCAGUCGGUCUACCAUAGCGACGACGACGCUCCUAAAGCUCACGCAGUAGACUCACCUGCAGAAGAUGGUGACGAGAAGCAGGGAACCCCCGUGCUUGAAGUUAGAGGAGGAAUCUUGAACGAACGCGAUACCGAUUUGGAAGCGGCUGCUCGCGACCAGAGUGCGCUGGAAAAGUCAGGAACGGCCAAGUCUGAUCGAUCACAGCGGGAUCCUAAACUGGUAACAUGGGAUGGCCCCGAUGACCUUGAGAACCCUAAGAAUUGGCCAAACAAGAAGAAAUGGGCUGCUAUUAUCACGGUCUCCCUCUUCACUUUUAUCUCCCCAGUAUCUUCGUCCAUGGUUGCCCCUGCGUUGCCGUCGAUUGCAAGUGACUUUCAUAUCGAGGACCAGGUCUCUUCCCAGCUUACUCUGUCCAUUUUCGUGUUGGCCUAUGCCGUCGGACCUCUGUUCCUGGGCCCGCUUUCUGAGAUUUACGGAAGAGUUAUCGUUCUGCAAUUGGCCAACUUGUUCUAUCUCCUGUUCAACAUCGCAUGCGGUGUCUCGCGAACUAAGGGGCAGAUGAUCGCUUUUCGGUUUCUGUCUGGCCUGGGAGGCAGUGCUCCGUUAGCUGUUGGUGGAGGUGUUCUUUCGGAUUGUUUUAAACCAGAAGAGCGUGGAAAAAGUGUUGCUAUCUACAGCCUUGCUCCGCUCCUUGGUCCUGCUGUUGGUCCUAUAGUCGGUGGCUUCAUUUCCCAAGACACCACCUGGCGCUGGGUCUUUUAUGCCACCUCCAUUGCCGAUGGAGUCAUCCAAUUUGGGGGGCUAUUCUUCCUCCGUGAAACAUACGCUCCCAAGAUUCUGAAACGGAGAGCAGAGCGGAUCCGGAUGGAGACGGGUGAUUUGACGUACCAGACCGAAAUCGAGCGACAGAACAAAACCCUUUCUCAAACGAUGCAGACUGCGCUCGUGCGACCGUUCCGCCUCUUGUCCACCCAGCCCAUCGUUCAAGUUCUGGCCCUGUACAUGGCCUUCAUUUAUGGCACGAUGUACCUGGUCCUUUCGACCUUCAGCUCUCUGUGGACUGGUGUUUACAAUGAAUCUACGGGCAUUAGUGGUCUAAACUACAUCUCCCUAGGCUUGGGAUUCUGGUUGGGCUCUCAGAUAUGCGCUCCACUGAAUGACCGCAUUUACCGCCGGCUCAAAGCCCGGAACAACAAUGUCGGUAGGCCCGAAUUCCGAGUACCUCUCCUGAUUGUGGGCGCUUUCCUCACCCCGGUUGGUCUCUUUACCUAUGGCUGGACCGCUCAGUUUCGCCGCCACUGGAUCGCUCCCAAUAUUGGUGCCUGUCUCUUCGGUGCUGGGAACAUCAUCGCAUUUCAGUGCAUCCAGACAUACAUGGUGGAUACAUACACGAAAUUUGCUGCCAGCGCCCUAGCCGCGGUGGCUUUCUUACGUUGCAUAUGCGGAUUCGCCUUUCCGCUAUUUGCGCCCUACAUGUACAACGCCCUGCACUACGGAUGGGGCAACAGUUUAUUGGCCUUUGUGUCUAUUGGUCUGGGUAUACCGGCACCUAUAUUCCUCUGGAAGUAUGGAGAGAUCUUGCGCAAGCGCAGCCCAUACGCGGCAGGCUAG